UUGUCGAGGGCACGUCGAGGCUCCUAAUCCACCAAAAACGCUUUCCCUUGGCAUGCGCCCCGAACUCCCAAAGUCAAUACCUUCCCUUCACAUCCACACAACCAAAUAGCUUACCAAAUAUAUACCCACAUACUCGUUUUGUGAGGUAAAGCCAGAAAAUAAUGCAAGGGGCUGCAGCUGCGUCCAAUGAAGAAACCAAAUCCACACUGAUCCAACCAAACUGCCCUCGCUGCGACUCUUCCAACACCAAGUUUUGUCACUACAAUAACUACAGCCUUUCACAGCCGCGUUACUUUUGCAAGUCUUGUCGAAGGUACUGGACUCAUGGUGGCACUCUCCGUAACGUCCCCAUUGGCGGUGGCUCUAGAAAACCAAAGCGCCCCAAAACAAUACCCUUUUCUUCCCCUUCUCCGGACACUCUCAAUGCGCCGCCGUCUCUUGCCCUACAUGCUGGUGGACCUCUUUCCUAUUCCGGUGCUGGGUAUCACUCUACUCUCAAUGAACCGUCUGUGGCUGUGGCUGUGGAUGUGGAUGUGGGGGCUUAUGCAUUUGGAUUAUCUCAGAGCUUUGGUCAUGGUGAUCAUAAUACGAUGUGGACUACCAUCAACAACUCCAUCAAUUCUUGCUCUGCAGGGUGACGAUGAUGUGAAAUUAGAGCUGUGAGAGAGAUACAAGUGUCAUGUUACUAUGCAAGGUGGCGGGUUGCUGCACCCUAGAUGGCAAGAGUUCACUGGGAUCACGAGUGACUCAGUGAGA